AUGGCUGGACCGCUACUACACAAAGUAACGCCAUCCCAGCCUGGAGGAAAAGAAUCGAGGACCGUAUCGCAAGGCAGCAGCCCCUAUCGGCAGACUGACAAGCUUCAGGUCGGGUUAAUAGACCGGAUUACAUGCGCACCGUUAGAGAUGGCGUUUGCUGGGACAAAUAUCAGUUUGUCCCAGCCGGAUAUCACGCAGAAACUAACGGAGCGCAUGGACGACCUGAAGCAAAAGAUCGCUGCUUGGGGGAAGCGGAUUCGACGAUUUUCCGAGGGGUCAAGGCGGUUCAACCAGAAUCGUCUCUUCCAAAGUGAUCAGAAGAGGCUCUAUAAAUUAUUGGAGCGACCAAAGGUAUGUGGAGCGGGCCAAGGACCGGAUCAGGCUGACAUUAUCGCAUUCUGGCGUGGCCUGUGGUCAGAGCCCGUAAACCACAGUGAGGGCCCUUGGAUGGAAGUUGUGGCGAGCCAGGGUGCGAGUGUUACGCCUAUGGACCCCAUCACCAUAACGCCAGAAGACGUGGCUGAAGCGGUCCGUAGAGCCCCGAACUGGAAAAGUCCGGGGCUCGACGGGCUGCUCAUUACUUGCUAG